AUGGAUGAGCUGGCGGAGUCCGAGCCGGAUGUGCUGGUGCUGAUGCCUUGCGGGAUGGAUGCGAACAGAGCGCGCGAGGAGUUCGAGGCGCUGGAGAAUCUGGAAGAGUGGCGCAGACUACCGGCGGUCGCCAAUGGGCGGGCUUACUUCGUGGACUCGGGAGCGUACUUCAGUCGCAGCGGGCCGCGCCUCGUGGACGGGCUGGAGCAGAUGGCGCAGAUAUUUCAUCCAGACAUGUUCACCGAGACCAAUCCAGAAUACACAAUCUGGGAUGAAUAG